CGCGGGGCGCAGACGCCGCUGGCCCCGCCCCGCGGAUCAGCUGAGGGAGCCGCAAUGUCUGUUGACAGCGGCGGCGGCGCAGCCGGUUCCGGGUUCGACGCGGGGCGGGGAUGUGAAUCCCGAUGGAGCGGCCCGAGGAAGGCAAGCAGCCGCCGCUGCCGCAGCCCUGGGGACGGCUCCUGCGCCUGGGCGCCGAGGAGGGCGAGCCGCACGUCCUCCUGAGGAAGCGGGAGUGGACCAUCGGGCGGAGACGAGGUUGCGACCUUUCGUUCCCCGGCAAUAAACUGGUCUCUGGAGAUCACUGUAAAAUUGUAGUGGAUGAAAAAUCAGGUCAGGUGACACUGGAAGAUACCAGCACCAAUGGAACAGUGAUUAACAAGCUGAAAGUUGUUAAGAAGCAGACGUGCCCUUUACAGAGUGGGGAUAUCAUCUACUUGGUGUACAGGAAGAAUGAACCAGAAUACAACGUGGCAUACCUCUAUGAAUCUUUAAAUGAAAAGCAAGGCAUGACACGAGAAUCCUUUGAAGCUAACAAGGAAAAUGUGUUCCAUGGGACCAAAGAUGCCUCAGGUGCAGGUGUGGGUGCAGGGCCAGGGGCCGAUCCCUGGCUCCCUCCGUUGUCACCCACCGCUCAGGUGUGCUUUGAGGAACCACGGCCAUCAACAUCGACGUCAGACCUCUUCCCCACAGCCUUGGCCUCUUCCACGGAGCCGCCUCCUGCAGGGCGAGAGCAUUCCUCCAGUUGCGAGUCUGGGGGUGGUGGCAUCUCCCCUAAAGGAUGUGGUCCCUCCGUGGCAAGUGAUAAAAUCUCCAGCUUUGCUUCAGCUCUCUCAGACAGAAAGCCUGCAUCCUUUUCGUCAUUGGAACCCCGGGAUCAGGAGGAUUUGGAGCCCGUGAAGAAGAAAAUGAAAGGAGACGGGGACCUUGACCUGAACCUGCAGUUGUUGGUCGCACAACCGCGUAGAAACGCCCAAACCGUCCAGGAGGACGUCAGAGCAGCGACUGGGAGGCCAGACAAGAUGGAGGAGACACUGACAUGCAUCAUCUGCCAGGACCUGCUACACGACUGCGUGAGUCUGCAGCCCUGCAUGCACACGUUCUGCGCGGCUUGCUACUCGGGCUGGAUGGAGCGCUCGUCCCUGUGCCCCACCUGCCGCUGUCCUGUGGAGCGUAUCUGUAAAAACCACAUCCUCAACAACCUCGUGGAAGCGUACCUCACCCAGCACCCAGACAAGAGUCGCAGUGAAGAAGAUGUGCAAAGUAUGGAUGCCAGGAAUAAAAUCACUCAAGACAUGCUGCAGCCCAAAGUUAGGCGGUCUUUUUCCGAUGAAGAAGGGAGUUCAGAGGACCUGCUGGAGCUGUCAGACGUUGACAGUGAGUCCUCGGACAUUAGCCAGCCAUACGUUGUGUGCCGGCAGUGUCCUGAGUACAGAAGGCAGGUGGUGCAGCCUCCCCACUGCCCAGCACCCGAGGGUGAGCCAGGAGCCCCGCAGGCCCUGGGGGAUGUACCCUCCACGUCUGUCAGCCUCACGACAGCAGUCCAGGAUUACGUGUGCCCUCUGCAAGGAAGCCACGCCCUGUGCACCUGCUGCUUCCAGCCCAUGCCCGACCGGAGAGCGGAGCGCGAGCAGGACCCACGUGUCGCCCCUCAGCAGUGUGCCGUCUGCCUGCAGCCUUUCUGCCAUCUGUACUGGGGCUGCACCCGCACCGGCUGCUUUGGCUGCCUGGCCCCGUUCUGUGAGCUCAACCUGGGUGACAAGUGUCUGGACGGCGUGCUGAACAACAACAGCUACGAGUCAGACAUCCUGAAGAAUUACCUGGCAACCAGAGGUUUGACGUGGAAAAACAUGUUGACCGAGAGCCUCGUGGCUCUCCAGCGGGGAGUGUUCCUGCUGUCUGAUUACAGGGUCACGGGGAACACCGUGCUGUGUUACUGCUGUGGCCUGCGCAGCUUCCGAGAGCUGACCUACCAGUACCGGCGGAACAUUCCUGCUUCCGAGUUGCCAGUGGCUGUAACAUCCCGUCCUGACUGCUACUGGGGCCGUAACUGCCGCACUCAGGUGAAAGCUCACCACGCCAUGAAAUUCAAUCAUAUCUGUGAACAGACAAGGUUCAAAAACUAAGCAUCCAGAGGCCCCGAGCAACUUUCAGCACUGAAGGCGAAGAUAGCGUGUUUUUAAAAUACAGAGACAAACAUGUCAGGGCGUUUUCACGGCCCCCUGAGAGACGCAGGGUCUCCGGCAGGUGCUCUGGGGUGACUCUUCUGUGGAGCUUUACCCUCUGAGUGAGACCCUCCCCAGAGCCCUGGGGGCCACAACCCGCCCUCCUGGCGAGUGCUGGGUGGGGCUUGUGGUGGCGUCAGCAGCAGAGACGAAGCCUUUCCAGGACACGCAGCCGUCCCGCUGAGAGGGGCAGUUUUGCUCUUUUGUAUGUUUUCCGUAACUACAGGUAAAGCAGAAGUCUGUUUUCAGGAAGAGUUUCAAGGGAGAAAGGGGAAAGUUUAUCAAAAACAUUGUUUCAGGAGAAGGGAGCAUAAGUUUACAGCCUACAGGAUGUACACAAUAUUCUGCUGUUGGGAAAACCACAGCAUUUUAUAUAUUUUUUAUUUUAAUAGGUUUGGUGCUUAUCUUCUAAUAAGAUUUAAAUAUCACAAACUGUAGCACAAAUAAUAUAAUUUAUAAUUUACAAAUUGACUAAAAUUGGGUAUAGUAUGGUAUUUGAAAGAAUAAGCAUAUGCUUCUGUUUAUUGAAAAAAAACUUCCAGUGUCCAAAACUGCUAACCUUCGACGUGGCCGUCAAGUUAGUCGCUCCUUGCUAACCUGUGGGUGACCACGGCCCCGAGCCCGGGGCUGGACGCAGGGCCCAGGACGCGCCGCUCCCUUCACGGCCCCGAACCCGGGGCUGGACGCGGGUCCCAGGACGCGCUGCUCCCUCAUGCUGCCCGGGCCCUUCCUCCAAGACCCUACAGAGCCUGAGGGGCACCUUGGCUUCCGCCUGUGCUAGGUUUGCCAUGUCAGCUGGAAUAAUACUUGAAAUUUUGAUUUUUGGAAAAAAAAGUUUCUUAUCUUUUGUUGAAAUCACCUGUUAUCCUUGUUUGCAAACUGGUAACUUUUUUGCUUCUCAGGAAUACAGUUUUCAACUGUUGACUUGCUCUUGAUAGGAACUGAGAAGCAGCACUCUGUGUCUCUGCAUUUGUGGAGGAAGCCCUCUCUUUUGCAUAUUCUAAUAAAUGAGCUGCCUUCGCUCCUCC